AUGUCAACUUCCGAAGAAAAGGCAUCGGACCCCACCACAACUACAGCCACGACCACUGUCGCCGCGCCCGAUGCCAAGAUCAGCGCCGACGAUGGGCGCCAGUACUGGCAGGGCAUCGACGCCGACGACAAUGGCAUGCUGGGCGGCUACUCCAAGAUCUCGCGCGUCGACCUGCGGGGUUCGCGGGGUUUCCUCGCGAAGCUGGGGCUGGGCCGGGUCAAGGGCGAAAAGGCUGUGAAGAGGGCCUUGGAAGGUGGUGCUGGCAUCGGACGCAUCACGCAGGGCCUACUCCUCGACGUCGCCGAGGUCGUCGACGUCGUGGAGCCGAUCGCCAAGUUCACGGCGCCGCUGGCGGGGCUCGAGGGCGUGGGUCGCAUCUUCAACGUCGGGCUCGAGGAGUGGCGGCCGGCCGACGACGAGAGCGACGUCCGCUACGACCUGGUCUGGAACCAGUGGUGUCUGGGCCACCUGACCGACCAGCAGCUGGAGGAGUACCUGCGGCGGUGCGGCUCCGUGCUGAGCGUCGGCGAGGACGGCAGGACGAGGGGGCUCAUCGCCGUCAAGGAGAACAUGAGCACGACGGGCGAGGACGUGUUUGAUGAGCUGGACAGCAGUGUUACGAGGCAAGAUGAGAAGUUCAGGGCGAUAUUCGAGAAGGCUGGCUUGCGCAUCAUCAAGACGGAGGUACAGCACGGGUUCCCGGGCGAGCUUUAUCCCGUACGCAUGUAUGCGCUGAAGCCGAAAGAUACAUAA